UAUUCUGCUUUUUUGCCAGAGAUCUUAAAGAAACUUAAUUAUAAAGUGGAGGCAAUAAUAAUGAGUAUUUGUUAAUGUCGUUUUCAUUCCAUCUGGAAAGAACUCCUGCAAUGUAAACUUUUCGGGAAAAACAUAUCAUUUUACUGGAUUCCUGAAGUACGCCCAUAUCAAACAUUUUCAACUAUGCAAACGUUAGCCUCUGUUACCUAACCCAAGUGGACCACCUCGUAACUUUGGCUGACGACGCAACUCUUCCUGACCGGUGUCCAUUUUGAUUUCCCACAAUGCUUCGUGAGAUAGCAGAUUUGAGUUCGUGACUUGGUGUGUAGUGAAGCUUAGUUAGAAAAUUUUGACGUACGUAAUAAACAUUGGUGUGCAGAAGACAGGAACAGAGCAACGUCUUUGGUAUAAAAAGUUUUACUUGUGCCAGUGCUAUGGAUCGUUUAUUACGGUUAGGUGGGGGUAUGCCAGGUUUGAGCCAGGCACCUCCGCCUUCAGACGCACCCGUAGUUGACACAGCAGAACAAGUUUACAUUUCUUCAUUGGCUUUAUUAAAAAUGUUGAAACACGGUCGCGCUGGAGUGCCGAUGGAAGUCAUGGGUCUCAUGCUUGGAGAAUUUGUUGAUGACUAUACAGUUCGUGUGAUUGAUGUGUUUGCAAUGCCGCAAACGGGAACGGGUGUAAGUGUCGAGGCCGUGGAUCCUGUAUUUCAGGCUAAGAUGCUUGAUAUGCUAAAGCAAACUGGACGACCAGAAAUGGUUGUUGGCUGGUACCAUUCUCACCCAGGUUUUGGUUGCUGGUUAUCUGGUGUAGACAUAAAUACACAACAGAGUUUUGAAGCACUUUCAGAGCGUGCAGUGGCAGUUGUGGUGGACCCUAUCCAGAGUGUCAAAGGUAAAGUUGUGAUUGAUGCAUUUCGACUUAUCAAUCCUAAUAUGAUGGUCCUGGGACAAGAACCUCGCCAGACAACAUCAAAUCUUGGUCAUCUCCAGAAGCCUUCGGUACAGGCUCUCAUACAUGGACUGAAUAGGCACUAUUACUCUAUCAGCAUUAAUUAUCGCAAGAAUGAAUUGGAGCAAAAGAUGCUUUUGAACCUGCAUAAAAAAUCUUGGAUGGAUGGCCUUAUGCUAGCUGACUACUCUGAGCACUGCAAGCUCAAUGAAUCAACAGUGCAGGAUAUGUUGGACUUGGCACGUAACUACAACAAGGCAUUAGAAGAUGAAGAGAAAAUGACGCCUGAACAGUUGGCAAUUAAGAAUGUGGGAAAGCAAGAUCCAAAACGACAUUUGGAAGAAAAAGUGGACAUUUUAAUGACAACUAAUAUUGUGCAAUGUCUAGGAGCCAUGCUUGAUACUGUUGUGUUUAAGUGAACAGUGUUAUUCUAAACUGCAAAGCCACCAUCAGAUUGCAGUAUAUGAUGAUGAACAAAUAAGUGAAUAUAAUUUAUUAAUAUGUGGUUAAAGAGUUUUGUCCUUUGAUAACGCACUAUGGAAAACAGUGGACUUACAAACUGAUGGCUCUGCUUUCACCUUAUGCAAAUGUUCUAAUUUGCAUAGUUAAAAGAAAUUGUGUAACACGUGUCCAGCAAUGGCAGAUAAUAAACGAAAGCGUGUUGUUUUUAAUAA